AUGCACUCAGACUCGGACUCCAUUCAAUUGUCACCCUUCGUUGGCACUACUAGUAGUAGCUGUACAAGCAACGGCAACUGCAAUUCCAGUUUCUUUGGCACUGCUAGCAGCAUGGACUACCAAAGUUCAGCCUUAAAUGGUGGAGGAGCUGUUUCCUCGGGCAAAACGAAUUUAACAAUUAACCGAACUUGUGGCCUAGUUAAUUCAAUUCGCAUAUCGAACAUUCCGGGAGUGAGUACACCGAGUCCUCUGCAAUCUACAUCGGCCCCAAUGUCCCCAAGUCUAAGCUCAGUCGCAACAAGCGCUUCAGAGCUGCCCUCAUUUGAUAGCGACGCAGAGGAUCUCUUUGACGACAUUCUGCAAAACGAUUCUUUCAAUUUUGAUAAAAAUUUUAGUUCUGAGUUAUCAAUUAAACAGGAGCCACAAAAUUUGACAGACGCCGAAAUCAACGCGUUGGCUAAGGAUCGGCAGAAAAAAGAUAAUCAUAAUAUGAUCGAACGACGGCGUCGCUUUAACAUAAAUGAUAGGAUCAAAGAGCUAGGCACACUACUGCCCAAGGGCAGUGAAGCUUUCUACGAAGUUGUACGUGAUAUUCGCCCAAAUAAGGGUACGAUUCUCAAAUCCUCUGUCGAUUACAUCAAAUGCUUAAAGCACGAAGUAUCCCGUUUAAGACAAAAUGAAUCCAGACAACGCCAAAUGGAACUUCAAAACCGAAAACUUACUUCACGCAUACGGGAAUUGGAAAUGCAGGCCAAAUCCCAUGGCAUCCCUAUGUCUGAACACAAUCUGACAUCAGCAUCGGCGCCAACAUCAUCAGCCAUCUCCAUGGCGUAUCUUAAGGGCUCGCGCUCCAUUCCUUCACCCUUGUCAACUUCCAUGUUGCAAAACCGCCACUCCACUGCUGGUCAAAUGGAGGAUGUCAUCGAGAGUACGAUUCCAUUAAUUAGUAACGAUCGUAACAUUGGCUUAAAUCAAAUUGAUGAGCUGAUGAUGGAAGAUUGUAAACAUCCUGUACAGGAGGAGAUCCAAUGCUCUCCUCUCAUAGCAGUCAUUUGCUAUCGUCACCGCAUUCCCUAUUUCAACACAGUUGCAACAGUGUUGCAAUAGCUUUGGAGCGAAGACAACAGCUAUUCAGCAGCUUAGUUGUGAACAAUUGAAUGAUGGAGUGCAAUUUGACGGUGUUGAAAAACACUCUAGUCAUCAAUCAAGGCGAGGAGAGCACCAGCGUCUACGCCAUCAUCACGGCGAGCAUAAUGGUGCUCCAUUUAAUAUGCUUAAUGAGUGUGAUUCUUCUGGUGGACACGACCCGUUACUUUCAUCAUCGCAACGGUCGCAUGGUGGAGGGUAGAUGAUGACGAACAGCAGGUUGACUUAGCAGGCUCAAUAAUGAAUGGUUCAUUAUCUUCAUUGGUGGAUGAGUCAACCCACAGCGAGCCCAUGCUCUUAACGCCAGAUACGUUAGAUAUUAAUCACCUCGGAGACUAGGAAGCUGCCAAAUCAUUAUAAUUUGAACUAAAACAAAUGCGAACUAGUUUAGUAUUAUAUCACUUGCAUCCUAGAGUGUUGCAUGAAUUAGGUGUAUAUAUUGGCAUAAGUAUUAUGAAAACAUUUUAUGUUUUAUCUUUUGUAUUACCUAUAUGAUGUUACUUUACAAAGACAAGAGAGAUCACAUUUCAAAUCAAUUAAUCAAUCAUACAUAUUUACCAGCCCAUACUAUUGCAUUCCAAUAUUGAAUCAAAAUAGCCAGAUAUACUUUAUAAAUAUGCUUGUCAUUAAUAUAUAUUUAUGUAAAUAUAUAUUUAUAUAUAUAUAUAUAUAUAUUUUGUUGCAAUAUUUAAUUUAAAUCUAUGUUAAAGAUAUUACAUGUUGCAGUCCUCAAAGCCACCCAUGCAAUAAAUACACUAUUGUUUUUUUUAGUGAAAAGUCAUACAUUUGUUAAGCAACCAAUGCUACGUAUAUUUUUUGCUGUUUUUAUGCGUAGUUGGAUACUGUUGAUUGUUAAAAGAAAAUAAAAUGUUAGCCAAUUUA